AUGGACAUCACAAAGGCCUGUUCCUCUUUCGCUGAGACACGUCUGCAGUCCAACAGCGCUCCUCUGGUCGGUCCCACAGCCCCAGACCCCGGACCCCUGACUCCCACUGGAGGGGCCUUUGUCUGCAGCUGGGACCAGUCGUGUUCCCAGGGCUGCUUCAGACGCACUCACACCGAGGCCAUGACAGUCCAUGUCCGAGCCCGGCAGGACCUGGCUGGACCCGGCUGGACCCGGCAGGACCCGGCAGGACCCUGGCCCCUCUGUGGUGAGAACGGCCCCGAGGCUGUGUACCAGGGUCUGGGCUGGGGCCCCGCCAACAUGAGCCAGAGGAGAGACAAGAGGCUGGCAGCUCUGCAGGACUCUGGAUCAGUGUGA